AUGGGCCGCUGGCAGCCCUACCUCUACUCGGCGCCGGCGAGGGAGUCUAUGAUGGACGUCCCGAACACCUUUAACCCCAAAGCUGUGACCAUGGCCAGUCGCAUGCCACCAUCGCCAUCCAAGAAGAAGCAGGACGGUCCCCUGGUGAACUUCAACAAGCACCCGGACAACUACCUUGUCUUGCCAUAUGGAAAGACAGACGCCAAGCCCAUGAGCCCAAAGACCAAGCUGUGGAUCAAGAUUGCGCGAUGGACACAGCUCUUCUUCCGUGUGUGCAGUCUCUUGGGCGCCGUUGGACUCCUACUCUGUGGCAUCUUUAUCCGCGGCGCGCAGGACACCGAGGGAUGGAUCAUAAGAAUACCGCCCGGUGUCGAUAUUGUAGCAUGCCUGUAUGCUAUCUAUCACCUUAUUCGCAGUCCGAUAUCACGACCUGCCGCCAGCUCCGCUAGCUACCACUUUUUCGCUCUGGUUACCGAUGCUGGUUUCAUCCCGUUUUACGUCUACACUCUGCUGCUAUCGCGCAGGAACGCCGAUAUAGAAGCUGGCACUAAUGGACGCUGGAGGACGUUGUUCCCUACAGAUGACGAGACGAACAAGAUCCUGCUCACGACAUGGCUUACUGCGACAACUGCUGCAGGUAUCCAUCUGAUCUCAGCGGUCAUUGAUAUGUAUCUCGUCGUCGUUUUCAGAAAGAUUACCAAGCUUCCGCCGGAUAUGAAUCCGCUCGAGGACAACCUAACCCGUAGGAAGUCAAAGCACAAGUACAAGGAUUCGUCGCUCUCGGCAGCAACGCCUUUCCUUGAUAACGAGAAACGGUUCAGCGGUCAAAGCCUUACCUCCAUCGAUGGAACCUCUCAGUCCGACCCUCUGCUGUCGCAGGACGUUCCAAGUCCCACCAAGACACAGAUGUCGUUCAUGCAUACUCGUAACAACUCAGAAACGACAUACUCGCCGCACACGCCCCAGUCAGCUCAACAGUCCAAAGAACGCUUCUCGAUGUAUUCCCAACCUCAAACUGCUCGCCAGUCUCGCACAAGCCUGGCCCACCGUGACGGCCUCUACCGUCGAGAUGACGAUGUCGAUAACGAGACCUUGGCUCAACGCAAGUCGUUCCUUGCUCAGCAAGCGAACAUGCAGCGACGUGACAGAAAUAACUCGCAUGUCACAGCUUCGUCGAAGCAAGACUUCUACACGCCCCCUACCACUGCUCGAAACGAGAAGUCCGCUGCUACCGGCGAUAUUGCCCUGGAGAAGAGUAGUCGUGAGGACCUGCGAAACGAUAAUUGGUUCGUUCAUCCCGAUGACAACGACGAGCAAGCACCGCAACAGUCGACUUUUGGUCAGAAGAAGGGCUACACUACUGUAUCCUCUUACGAUGUUUCAGACGUUGAGAACGAGACCGGACAACCUAUGAUGCCUCAGCCUCUUCGUAUGAAUCCACCGACACCUCAGUCUACUCCUCCUCCAAUUCCCAACUUCGAAGCCAAGAAGAACACAGCUCCUGGUAGCCUCCAACGUACCCAGACGACCACGUCAAUUUCCACAGAAGCCACUUUCAACCGGUCUCACUCACGUGGCGCUGCACCAAAGUCGCGCUACUACGGUGACCUCAAGGCCGCGACACACGGUAUCCGAAGCGGCGAAUUACCCUCCAAUUCCCCUGCCACCUCGCCGAAGAAGGGCUCUUUCAAGAACCAGCCCAACCAUCUCCCGAGUGCGACAGCACGUUACACGGUCAAUUCUUCGGCAGUCAAGAACAACAUCGUGCAGAGUUCGCCCUUCAGCUUGGACAAGAAGUCGUACACGAGCGUGCGUAAAACUGGCGAGUUCAAUCACACACCAGUGAAGGCCGUUUCACCGCGUGUUGUCAGCAGAUCUGGCAUCGACUACGUCAAUCCAUAUGAGUUUGACGACUCCGAUCUUGGUACGCCGGGCCGGAGACGUGAUGUUAGUGGAAAGAUUGCGGAAGAAGGCCGUGGAGGAGCCUGGAGCGAUCACGGUCUGACGCAUCGCAAGGCCAGCGGUGUCGGCUACGCUUUCUAG